GCGAGUACAAGUUUGAUGUUUGCAUUUGAGCUAAACGGUGAUGGAGUCCAACCGCUGAUCUGCUGGGAACUGAGUCGCCUGGGCUAUUCGGUUUUGAGAGAAAAUUAUUGCCUCACGAUGGAAAACUGCGAAGAUAUUUUUUUUAACUAAUCUUUGCGUUUGCGAACCAUCUGGAAGUAAAGGAGCCGGAAAAGAAAACGCCUAUAAAAAAAAAAAGGCAGAGAAGGCGUGAGAGAGCAUCUCCGUCUCCUUUUCGAGACUUCAGUGCAGAACCCAUCCAGAAAAAACGAGGUCCCCCGAAUCGCCAUCGCUCUCUCUUUGUGAAUCAGUAUCUAUCUAUUCCUUGGGAUUUGGAUCAUUUGAUUCAGAAGUUUGACCUGAAUUCUGGUCUGUGAUCGGAAGAGCGGAAAUGGAGCCAGUGGAGAGGAUAAAGACCGGGUUUGAGUUGUUCAAGAAGGAGUUCUACGAUAAGAAACCAGAUUUGUUCGGUCCCCUUGCAGAAGGUCAAAGCCCAAAGUUCAUGGUUUUCGCUUGUGCGGACUCCCGCGUGUGCCCCUCCGUGGUGCUCAACUUCCAGCCUGGCGAGGCCUUCACCAUCCGUAACAUCGCGAACAUGGUCCCACCCUACGACCAGACAAAGUAUGCGGGCGUUGGAUCGGCCAUCGAGUAUGCGGUCAUCCAUCUGAAGGUGGAGAACAUCGUUGUGAUCGGUCACAGCCGUUGCGGUGGAAUCAAGGGGCUUAUGUCCCUCAAGGACGAUGGGACCACCAGCACCGACUUCAUUGAGGCUUGGGUGAAGAUCGGACUUCCAGCGAGAGACAAGGUGAAGGCCCAGCACGCGGGUCUGCCUUUUGAGGACCAGUGCACCCUAUGCGAAAAGGAGGCUGUGAAUGUCUCCCUUCAAAAUCUGCUGACGUAUCCCUUUGUCAAAGAAGGGCUAGCGAAGAAGACCCUGAAGUUGAUCGGAGGGCACUAUGACUUUGUUAAAGGUAGCUUUGAGACAUGGGAGCCUUAAGCUUGCAUUUUGCAGGCCCCUUUAAAUGCUUUGAGUUUUAUUAGUAAAAUAUAACUCGGUCUUUUGUUCCAUGAUGUAUGCUUUGAUCAUUAUAUAAUAAGAUGACUACACUGUUAUGAGGACAACCUUUUGUAAAUCGCUUAAGAACUACGUAUCAAAGUGCAGAAGCAUUCAUAGAUUGGGUAACAAUUUAUGGUCGCACAAUGUUAAUACGAGAUUUUAAGUUUA